UGUAAUGCUUUGUUUACUGAACUAGUGCUAUCGAACACGGUCGUGAUGUAGAUAUUCAUGGAUUGCUUCUACGUGUCAAGAAAUAUUCAAGCGAAGCAUUCGUAAGCGAAGCAAAAAGUACAAUGGGAUCAGGAGAUUCGAAACAACUCCAGGAAGAUGCCAAAGUGGUGGUUGUUGGUGGAGGUUCGGCAGGUAUAACCAUAGCAAUUGACCUUCUUCAUACAGGAAAAGUGAAGUUAAUCGACCCAAAGGACAGCCUGUUUUAUAAUAUUGGUUCACUGCGUUCAUGUGUAGAACCGAGUUAUGCAAAUCAUAUAUUUAUUCCUUACAAAGAAACCUUCGGUGAUUCUUUCAUUCGGGGUAAGGUGGUCAAAAUUAACAAGGAUUCCAACACGGUCACUAUCGACGACGGACAGGAAAUUUCUUACACACAUUUAAUAUUGGCCACUGGCGGUGCUGGUGCAUUCCCAGCAAAAUCGAUGCCAGAAUAUCCAAAGAUGUCAAAAGAAGAAGGUUUGCAAUUGUACAGGGAUAUCAACAAAGAAAUUUUAGAAGCUGAUACUGUGGUGUGCGUUGGUGGCGGAGCAGUUGGUGUGGAGCUAUCUGGUGAAAUAAAAACAGAUUUUCCGGACAAAAAGGUAAUUCUAAUUCAUUCAAAUAAUACUCUUUGCUCUAAACGACUAAACUCGAGUGCACAGUCGAAGCUGCAAGCUCUUAUCAAACGGAAAGGAAUCGAAAUGAUUUUAGAAGAACGAGUAUCCAAUCUCGAUGAUUUGCAUAUUAAUAAAUGUGUGAAAGAUCAAGUUCUCAAAACGGAAAACGGUAAAGAAAUGAAAGUGGAUCUGGUAUUCAAAUGUAAUGGAAGUAAGUUGUCAACAGAUUUAUUCAAAGAAGCAUUAGGGGAUGCCAUAAGUGACAAAGGCCAAAUAAAAGUUGACGAAUUUUUCAAAGUUGAGGGAAUGGAAAAUAUUUACGCGGCAGGAGAUAUUACGAAUAUAGAGGAAGAAAAAAUGCUGAUAACCGCUGAAGCUCAUGGAUAUCUUCUGGUCAAAAAUCUUUUUGCCGAAACCCAAGGUUGGAAGAAGACUCCUUAUAAGCCCGGUAAAUUUAUGAUGAUUGUUCCUGUUGGAAGAGAUGCUGGGGUCGGUCAACUGGCUGGUAUUGUUGUUGGUGACCUAAUAUCAAAAACACUGAAGUCACAGGAUUUGUUUGUAUCAAAACACUGGGAUCAUAUGAAGCAAAAAAGACCAGCUAUCACGAAAAAAUAGUUAUUAAGUAUCAACGUGAAAAGAAAUAGUACAAUGGAUUGCCAUCCAUAUUGUUAUCUUCUAAUAGUCACUAACUUUACUUCAAUGAACCUAUAAGUCUCAUUAUGUUGAGGUAUUUUUUAAUUGUCGUCAAAUAUAAAUAGCAUGUUAUUAAGUUUUCAAAUUGUUACAGCAUGUAUUAUUGCCAUCAAAUUCAUUGUGCCGAUAACUGGUUUGAUAACUCGUUUUACUUGAUAACUCGUUGACAGUGCGCCACGACGUUUUAUUAUGGUCAGUCGUUUCUGAUCAGUUAAAAACUGCUAUCACAUCUUGAAAUUCAAAUAUAAAAGUAAUGAUACAGUACGUUUUUUUAAGUUAGUCCUUAACACCAAAACCAGUCUACUCUCCCGCGCUUCCAAAAGCCAUAAUUAUGUCCAUACCAUGGCAUUAUUUCAUCUACCAUGGGUGCCUGUAAACGUUUUGUAUUUCAAGAUGGCUGCAUGGGAUGUAAGUUUGUUUAAGAUUCGGUGGCAAAUUGCAGCAUUACUGUUGUUAGUUGCUAGAACGUCCGUCUUGCCCAACAAGCUUGUUGUUUGUUCGCAAGUUCUAUGGGACGAAAAGUAUAACUACUUCUCAUCAUGUGACUGGCGACUGCCUCAUGAGCAUAGGUGAGGCGGUAUGAAAUAAAUUCAGAAGGGACUGGACUUCAUAUCUAUAUUCUAGGAAGAAAUACAUAUUAUACAAGAUUACUAUUUUAUCGUACGCAUCAUAUUUCGAAAUAUAACUCUGAUGUCAUAA